AUGGCCCAAGGAGACAGAGGCAUAGUUGGAACAGGGCAAAGGGCCAGUUCCAGCUUGGAAGUUGAGUACCAGAGAAAACAGUGGAGUAAAGCAAAAUCUGUUCAAACCUGUCUUGUUCCCCCCCCCGACUACUCUGUAUUGUUUUUAGUAGCUCCAAUAAAAGCUCUCUGCAGUCAGCGUUUUGAUGACUGGAAAGAAAAAUUUGGACCCAUUGGACUCAUCUGUAAGGAACUAACAGGGGAUACUGCAAUGGAUGAUUUAUUUGAAAUACAGCAUGCCCACAUAAUUUUGACUACACCAGAAAAGUGGGAUAGCAUGACUAGAAAGUGGAGAGAUAACUCUUUAGUUCAGCUAGUGAGACUGAUCCUGAUUGAUGAGGUACAUGUUGUGAAAGAUGAGAGUCGAGGUGCUACUCUUGAGGUUGUGGUCAGUCGGAUGAAAACUGUUCAGUCUUCUCUUUUGUGUGGCUUUGAGAAUCCUGACUUAAUACUUUCCAUGAGAUUUGUGGCAGUUUCUGCAACAAUCCCAAAUGCAGAAGAUAUUGCAGAAUGGCUUUCAGAUGGCAAGAGGCCUGCUGUAUGUCUGAAAGUAGAUGAAAGAUACCGCCCUGUGAAGCUGCGCAAAAUAGUGCUUGGAUUUCCUUGCAGCAGCAACCAAACGGAAUUCAAAUUUGAUUUAACACUUAACUACAAAGUUGCUAGUGUUAUUCAAACGUAUUCUGAACAAAAGCCAACUCUUGUGUUUUGUGCUACAAGGAAAGGAGUACAGCAGGCUGCUUCUGUACUAGCAAAAGAUGUCAAAUUUAUUAUGAAUAUAGAACAGAAACAAAGAUUACAAAAGUCUGCAAAUUCAGUAAAAGAUGCCAGGCUGAGGGAUCUCUUGGUCUGUGGAGUAGCUUAUCAUCAUGCUGGAAUAGAGGUCUCUGAUAGAAAAAUUAUUGAAACAGCUUUUAAUGUAGGAGAUAUACCAGUUCUUUUUACUACUAGUACCCUUGCUAUGGGGGUAAAUCUACCAGCACACCUAGUAAUUAUAAAAUCAACAAUGCAUUAUGCUGGAGGAAUGUUUCAGGAAUACAGUGAGACUGAUAUUUUGCAAAUGAUUGGAAGAGCUGGAAGACCUCAAUUUGAUACAACAGCCACAGCAGUAAUCAUGACAAGGCUAAGUACAAGAGACAAGUAUGUUCAGAUGUUAAAUGGUGCAGAUACAAUAGAAAGCAGUUUGCAUAUGCAUCUCGUUGAACACUUAAAUGCUGAAAUAGUGCUCCACACCAUCACUGAUGUGAACAUAGCUUUAGAAUGGAUUCGAUCAACUUUCCUCUACAUCAGAGCUUUGAAAAAUCCAGCUCAAUAUGGUUUUGCAACUGGAUUGAACAGAGCUGGAAUUGAAGCAAAACUGCAAGAAUUAUGCUUGAAAAACUUGGAUGAUUUAUCAUCAUUUGAUUUGGUCAAGAUGGAUGAAGAGCUCUGUUUCAAGCCAACAGAGACUGGGCGACUAAUGGCUUGGUAUUAUAUUGCAUUUGACACUAUGAAAAAGUGUUUCGUGAUUAAAGGAAAUGAGACUUUAUCUGAACUGGUCACACUGAUUUCCAGCUGCAAUGAAUUUUCAGACAUCAAGCUAAGAACAAAUGAGAAAAAAAUAUUGAAUACUUUGAAUAAGGACAAGAACCGUAUAAGCAUAAGAUAUCCAAUGGAAGGAAAGAUAAAAACACGAGAAAUGAAAGUGAACUGUCUUAUUCAGGCACAGCUAGGAUGUAUUCCCAUACAAGAUUUCACCUUGACUCAAGAUAUAAGCAAGAUUUUCAGAAACGGCAUAAGAGUUACAAAAUGGCUAUCUGAAUUUCUGGCCUCCUGUCAAAAUAAUUUCCUUGUUUUAUUAAAUUCUUUGGUUUUAGCAAAGUGCUUCAGGUGCAGACUGUGGGAAAACUCACCAUAUGUCUCCAAACAAUUGGAAAAAAUUGGCAUGACACUGUCAAAUGCAAUGGUGAAUGCAGGCCUGACAUCCUUUAAAAAAAUAGAAGAUAUAAAUGCAAGGGAGCUUGAACUGAUUUUGAAUAGGCACCCUCCCUUUGGAAAUCAAAUUAAAGAACUGGUAGCACACCUUCCAAAAUACAAGCUUAUGGUUGAACAGCUGGCAAAACACAAUGACACAGUGGCUGAAAUCCUAGUGACAAUCAUAUUAACCAACUUUGAACAGCUGCAGACAAAGAGAACUUCACCAGAUUCUCACUAUGUAACCUUAAUAAUAGGAGACAAUGAUAAUCAAGUGGUUUUUAAGCAAAAGAUUAUGGAUUCUACUUUACUGAAAACUGGAAAUUGGACUAAAAAGGUUGAAGUGAGAAGAGCUGUUAAAUCUGAUGAGCUUAGCAUAAAUCUAAUCAGUUCUGAAUAUGAAAUCACUUCUAGCCAAAAAAGCAUAAAGCAUGGGAAUAGAAAAUGCAACCAUCACUGCAAAAAUAAAGAAAUGUGUGGACAUGACUGUUGUAAAAUUGGAGUUUCAAAGAAAUCUGAUAUUAAGGAAGAGUCAGUGUUUUCUUCAUAUCUUGUUGAUUUGAGAAACCGGAAUGUGGUAUCUUCUGUUCCCCCAGUCAAACGAUUAAAGAUGCAGAUGUUGAAUAAAACUCAAAAGGUGAAUCUUAAACAAUUUGGUUAUGCUCCUAAAAGUUUUCUUCCAAGAUUGCAAAGGUCAAGGUGUGUACAACAUUCUGAGUGCACUUCAUUGUUAGAGGAGAAUGAUCUUGGUGUUCAUGAAAAAUUUCCGUUGGAAUCAGAAGGUUUCUUUGUUAGCAAACAGUCUGCAACUUUAAAAGAAAAAUGCUGUCGGACAAUGAUUUCAAACAAAAAUCUUGGAGAAUCUUUAACAGGCAACUUGACUGAUACAGAUAAAAGCCACUCUCUAUUUUCAGAAUCUUUGAAUGUGAGCUUUGAAUUAGGAAAUGAGGUUUGGGAUGAUUAUAAUGAUGGGAGCUUAAUACAUACCAGCACUUUUAUUUCUGAUACAGAGAAAACUAAGAAUUCAGGAGUUAUAAAUGCAUGCGUCCAGAAUUCAGGAAAUAGUAAAACUUGUGACCAAACCAUGCAGAGGAAACCAUCUGAUGCACUUUUGAAAAGUUUCUCCAUAUUUAAAGAGAAAUCUGAUAUCUGCCUACAAAAAUCUAAUUCUCUAUCCUUGACUCCACCAUUAAAUGUGAAACCAUUUGCAGAAUAUGGAAAUAAAAACAAGUUUGGCUUUCAGGAAGAGGACAAUUCCUCACAAAAACUGCAAAGUGUACCGUUGACUGCAGCCUCAGGAGCAGGUUCCUGUCAAAUCACUGAAAAGGGGGACUUCUUUAUCUGUAACAAAAGAAUGACAAAAGAGGCUGAUCUCAGGCAUCCGCUUUCUGAAGAUGAUAUUAAGCCUUUUCUUGGAAUAUUUGAUGGAAUUUUCUAA